UCUACGCCCAAGAUGGCGGCAGGAUUGAAAAGUUGAUGUUGUUUCAUUAAGCUACCUCUUUCAAGCUUCUUAUCUCGGGAUUGUGUGGGUGUUUUCAGCGGCCCAAGGGGCAGGUUUGGAAGUCAAAGGGGAAUUCUUUCGGAAAAGAGACAGGAAAUGGUUACCGCUUGUUAAACUGUGUUUUGUUCGCGAUCGGGGUCUCUCUUUGCACUGGGAAAGUGCCCCGCUGCUGGAUCACUGUUAAUGUUGUUGUGGCAGCAGUGAUGUCAUUUGGGUCUCUAGGAACUCUUUCUCCUGGUAUGACAAUGAAGAGGAGACACAGAUAGAAAUGGAGGAUGACGUGAAGAAAGCAAAAAAGCCUGGUAUCGUCUCACCAUUCAAGCGUGUCUUCCUGAAGGGUGAGAAGGGGAGGGACAAGAAGGCACAGGAGAAAGUGACGGAGAGGAGACCCCUGCACACUGUCCCUCUGUCCCUCCCAGACCACCGGGUUGACCCUGACAUACUGCUCAACGACUACAUUGAGAAGGAGGUCAAGUAUUUAGGGCAGCUCACCUCAGUGCCAGGUUACCUGAAUCCAUCCAGUCGGACUGAAGUACUGCACUUGGUCGACAAUGCAAGGAAAGCACAUCAGCUCCCAGGACAGCUGACCGCGGAGCAUGAUGCUGUGGUCAGCCUGUCUGCCUACAAUGUGAAACUGCUGUGGAGAGAUGGUGAGGAUAUCAUACUCAGGGUUCCCAUCCAUGACAUUGCCGCCGUGUCCUAUGUCAGAGAUGACUCCCUGCACCUCGUAGUGCUCAAGACAGCUCAGGAGCCUGGAACCUCUCCCUGUCCCAGCACGUGUCCUGAGAUUUCCAAGUCUCAGGCUCUGGGCUCCCUGUCGGAGAGUGGUGCUGUGCUGGUCGAGGUGUGUUGUCUGGUGGUGCUGGCUGCAGAGAGCAAGGCAGCAGCCGAGGAACUCUGUUUACUUCUCAGCCAGGUCUUCCAGAUUGUUUACACAGAAUCUACUAUAGACUUUUUAGAUAGGGCAAUAUUCGAUGGGGCCACAACGCCUACAAGACACAUGUCUGUAUACAGUGAUGAUUCUUCUAGCAAAGCUGAUGUCAAGGAAGCCUAUGAAACAGAAGCAAGUACAUUUUCAUUUCAGGGAUCCCUGGACACCGACGGGAACUCCCCUUCCUCCUCCACACAGGCCUCCCCUCAGGCUAAAACUGUCAGCGAGAGCGAGCUGAGCACCACCGCUGCCGAGCUGCUCCAGGACUACAUGAUGACAUUAAAAACGAAGCUCUCCUCCCAGGAGAUCCAGCAGUUUGCGAUGCUUCUCCACGAAUACAGAAAUGGAUCUUCCAUUCACGAGUUCUGCAUCAACCUGCGGCAGCUCUAUGGAGACAGCAGGAAGUUCCUCCUGUUGGGGCUCAGGCCAUUCAUUCCUGAGAAGGACAGCCAGCAUUUUGAGAACUUCCUGGAGACGAUUGGGGUGAAGGACGGGAGGGGCAUCAUCACUGACAGUUUUGGCAGGUACCGGCGGACAACAAACACCACCUCUAGCUCCACCACCAAUGGCAAUGGCGCGGCUGGGAGUUCCCAUGACCAUUCGGUGCCCCCUGAAGGCGAUGAGUGGGAUCGCAUGAUCUCUGACAUCAGUAACGACAUUGAAGCGCUGGGCUGCAGUAUGGACCAGGACUCCUCCUGAGGAAUAGGGGGGAAUGGGAUAUGGUCUCCUGCUAUUGUAUUUGUAUCAUUAUUUUGCACUGCCGUGCCCUUUCUGUAGCUCCUCAAGUGUCAAGCAGCAAGCUCCUUAUAGGGAUGCAACAUAGAUUGACAUCUGUUUAGAGGGCUUGAUUGAAAUGAGGAUUUGAUUUUUUUAUUAUGUAACAUUCAUUUUUUAGGCUGAAGGAUGUUUGUCUUGAUGAACUUUUGUGAAUGUGAGUCCACAUUUUAAAAAGAUGAUGUUUUAGCACUUGUUUAAGUCUUUGGUAGCCUUGUCCCUGUCUCUUGGUAUCAAUCCAGUUUCCCUGUGACUCCCAGACAGACAGACAGGAAGGGUUAAGAGUGGAAUUGUGCUUUUAUAUCGGUCUGUUCUCACAGCACAGGUUUUGAGUAAUAUUCAGUUUACUGCUUCAGAUUAAAUUUCUGUGAAGUGUGAAGUGACACAGCUAGCUACAGUGCAAUCCAGUCCAUUGGAACCUGCUGUGAGUUUGACGCAAGCUAAAACAGAGCAUAUUCCUUUGACUGCAGGUUGUCUCGGGAUGAUUUGAAUAUUCCUUGUUUUCUGUUUGACCUUUUGAGGGCUGAUGGGGAUUGGAUCUUCAACCAUGGUUUUGCCCCCCUGGCUUUAAAACCUAAUGGAGAUUAGGUGAUAACUCUCAGAUACAUCUCCAUUUACCAAUUCAAAAAUACAUUAUAUAUGUCAUUAGACAUUUAAAUACCUACAUUUUAUUACUCUCUCUCUCUCUCUCUCUCUCUCUCUCUCUCUCUCUCUCUCUCUCUCUCUCUCUUUCUCUCUAUCCAUCUCUCUCGCUCUCUCUCUCAUUUGUUUAAUUGGGGACCAUAAAUAAUAUCAGUCUGUCAAGAAUAUACAUGAUUUAAUUACAUCCUACCUCUUGUGCAGAUAUCCGCAUAUCUGUGAAUCUGAAUAAGUAUCCUGAAUACUCAUGACCCCAUAAAUUGUCACCCUUCACCUAUGAUUCCUCUGCUACCCAGAGUGUGAGAGUCUGAUCUCAUUGUAUGUGUUAUACUUUUCAGCUGGGCUACCCUGGGCAAAUUGCUAUACAUUUAAAAAAGGAAGAGGAGAAAUAUGAAGUAUGCUGCAAUGUUUUUUUAUUAAAUUUCUUUUAAACAAAUUCAUUAAUGGCCUACCACAGAGCCAGUCCUUUUUAAUUUUUUUAUUUUUUUGGUUACUGUGUAUUUUUUGUUUUUGUUUUUGUAGUGAAUAAAGUCGAAAGCCUUGUGUGAAAGACCUACAUGUACUGUAUGCUGACCGGUGGCAAAGAGGGAUGAAAUGAUACAAAAUGUGUAAUGUGGUGAAUGAAUGAAUGAAUGAAUCCACAUUAUUAAUAAUAAUAAUCCACAUAUUUAUGGACAUUUUUGUUUAUUUUAUUGUGUUCUCUUUAUUUUUAUUACUGGACGAUUACUGAAAUCACCAACUUUGAAUCCAGUUCUAGUUGCAAGAGCAGAAAACACCUGGAACAUGCUGUUAUUGGAGAAUGUGCCCCUACUCUUGUCCACUUUUGUUUUGGUUCAGCAGUGCAUUUUUUCUAGACCAAGGGUCUGGAUGGACAGUUAAUUGGUUAAAUUAAACAAUUUAAAUUGGUUUGAACAAAGACCAGGACUAAUAGGGCCAACUUUGGCCACCCCUGGUCUUGAUGCUGUAACUCAAAACAGGUUUGGGUUCAAUUUGGUUUUGGUCUCUGGCAAUUAUUUGGAUUUGCUUCUUCUAAUUACAGGAAGCACUUUCAUAUAUGUUUAAUUUCAAAGGUGCUAUUUUAUGUAUUGACUUAGUGUAGCUUUCAUAAGGUCACCACCCAAACUGAUCUCAAGAAAGUUUUCUAAGCAGCAUGCAGACGCAGUGACUAACCAGAUCCUUGUUAGACUUCUCUUCUAGAUACGCUAGACCGUUUUCUGUUUUUCCUUUUGUCUGUUUUUUGUAUUCUCUAUUGUUAUCUUUGCUGAACAUGUACUAAAUAGUAACAGUGUAGUUUAAAGUACAUGUUUAUAUAUUACUUACUGUUAUUGGCCAUAUGCUGGAGUGUUUGUUUACCAAUUGGAAGGUUACAAGACACAAAAGAUGCUUAAAACAUUGUGCCUGUGUUAUUGAGGUAUGUUUUUUUUCGACUAUCCUUACUUAAAAUAUAAAUAAUUUACUUUGCUGUUUAUUGACAUGAAGUGUGCACUGAUUGGGAAGGAAUUGCAGUUUUUUAAUUGUUGUUCCAGAGUAAUUGCUGCCUUUACAAGCAUUUCCUGUGGUUUUCCCACUUGCUGUUGGAUCCCAGUUGUGAUUUCCUGUAUCUUCAGAUGCAGAAGCAACAGGCCAUGCGGCUUCAGAUCCUUGUUUUCUGUUUGUCUCUGAAAUACCAGCUGUUUAAUUUUGCCAGGUCUAAUUCACUUUGGUUUUUCAAGUCCUGUAGAUUUCAAAAUGAAACGCCAGCACUGCCCAUCAUACUGACAAUUCCUUUGUCCUGUUUUACCGUUAGUAACAUAUCAUUGUACAUCUAGUUAAGUAAAGUUUGAUUGCUAUGGUUUCAAAUUUGAUGGAUGGAAAAUACAAUAUUUUAGAAAUGGAUUGGAGUAUAUUUUCUGAGCAGCAUAUAGUACAUCCUUAUUUUAUUAUUUUGUAUAUAUUUAAAUCCAGUUCAUUAGCCUGCGGCUGUCUUAAUAUUCUUGUAUUUUGAAAGUUUAAAAUAUAAGAUUAUCCAUCCAAGGGCAACACUGUGUGUUUUUGGUAUGGUAUGUGAUGAGUGUUAUUCUACAAAUUGAAGAGUGUAACUUUAGGGGUGAUUCUUUGCAGGCAGGUAAGAACAAAGUACCACACACUGCCCCUUCAGAUAGCAGAGAUGAAAACAGUUUAACAGAAAAGACUUAAACAUUACUUUUAUUCCUGCAAGGGUUGUGAGGUUAAAGCAGUACCAUUAUCCUGUGAUCUAACAGGUGCUUACUCCUUUAAAAGGUUAUUCUGUACUUUAGUGUUCAAGAAGCUCUUGCGAGUCUCAUUUAUGUCCUAAUUUCAUUUAUUUUGCAUAAAGCCCUGUAUUGUAAAUAGUAAACUGCA